UCAUUACAUUGGUAGUUGUUUAUAAUUUGGGAAGCUUGGGUUUCAUUAAUGAAAAUUAAUGAUAACAAAAACCAAAAAUGAGUGAAAAACUAAAAGAAUUACGUGAACGAUCACAAAAACGCAAGAAGUUGCUUGCGCAAACUCUUGGUGUUUCAAGUGUGAGUGAGUUAAGGCAGGCUUUAGGAGCUACCUUAGAUGUUCCGGCGAAGAAACAAGCGGUGCCUGGUGGUGGAAAUGAAGGAGGUGACAAACCUACAGUCAAAGACCAACCUGAUGAACUGGUUUACACUGAUUCUUCUACUUUCUUGAAGGGCACACAAUCAUCAAAUCCCCACAAUGACUACUGCCAGCACUUCGUAGACACUGGUCAGAGACC